AUGGGACGCCGGCGCCCGGCUGAGUGUGGCUCCGCCCUCCCCGCCCCGACUGGAACCUCCCAGCGGCAGGUGGGGGCUGGGUCAAAGCCCGCCGCCCAGGCCGAGGCGAGGGCGAGCCAGCCGCCCGCCCGGCAUCCGCGGCAUCCACCGCCGCGAGGGGUCUGUCCAGGAGGUCGCGAGCAGGUGAGGGCGCGCAGCCCAUGGGAACCCCCCGCCCCCGGCGGAGAACCGACUGGGGCCACCCCCGAAAGUGAGUCUCCAGCUGGGACCCGGGGACCUCCCACUGGAGCCGGAACCGCGCCGGGGCGCCCAGAGGAUGGCCCGGGGAUGAACUGCGGCAAGAACCAGGAGGACUCGAGGUGGGAAUGGAAUACACUGUCUGACCUAAGCCUCUUUCCCCAAAACGCCAAGUUCCUUGAGAGUCACAUCUGGGCACCGAGGAAGACAGACAUAGAUGAUUGCACUCUGUGAAAGCUUUGGGAGGUCCGGUUCUUCCUUAAUUCAUGGAUUUUUUGAAGACAUUCCAAGCUCAUGGAAGGAUGUCCUAAAGGCUGCAAGCAGUUCAGAAAAGUAUUAUUGGAAAAGAAGACAGAAUAAAAAGUCUACUGAACCAUGGGACAGAAAGAAAUAUGUCAUUUUUAACUAAAUGUAGGAAAUCUGGUUCAACCUUUUAUAUUCAUGUUCUCCUUUUAAAGCCUUGCAUUAUGUAGGGCAGCCCUGGUGGCUCAGCAGUUUAGCGCUGCCUUCGGCCAGGUGUGAUUCUGGAGACCCAGGAUCGGGUCCCAUAUCGGGCUCCCUGCAUGGAGCCUGCUUCUCCUUCUGCCUGUGUC